AUGGUGAGCGCUGCACUUGUUCGUACCGUUAUCGGCAUUAUAGGGAAUGUGAUCUCUUUCGGCUUGUUUUUCUCACCAGCGCCAACAUUCUAUCGGAUAAUAAAGAAAAAGUCCGUGGAAGAGUUCAAACCCGAUCCAUAUAUAGCAACGGUUCUAAACUGUGCGUUUUGGGUGUUCUAUGGGCUUCCUUUCGUGCACCCUCACAGUGUGCUUGUGGUUACCAUCAAUGGCGUUGGCCUUGUCUUCGAGUUCGUCUAUCUCACCAUUUUUUACAUUUAUGCCACUAACAUAGGACGGAGGAAGGUACUGUUCCUUCUGGGAUCAGAGGUUUUGUUCUUUGCCGCUGUUGCUCUUAUAACGUUGCUGGUACUACAUGGCACUCACGAAAGAUCGUUAGUGGUUGGUGUACUGUGUGAUAUAUUUAAUAUCAUGAUGUAUGUCUCUCCUCUUACGAUCAUGGCAAAGGUUAUAAAAACCAAGAGCGUGGAAUAUAUGCCAUUUUGGCUAUCUCUAACUAACUUCCUCAAUGGAGUGUGCUGGACAACAUACGCUCUCAUCCACCCUUUCGAUAUUUACGUCCUGGUAAGUAAUGGAAUUGGAGCAUUGUCUGGACUGAUUCAGCUGAUACUAUAUGCUUGUUACUGUUCCUGUAAUAAUGGAGAGAAUAACGGUGAUGGUGAUGACAGUGUGUCAACUACAGUUGUUAAGGGAAAGAUUGAAUUAGUUUGA